AUGUCUGCCCCCGAGGAGCAGCAGCGCGAGGAGCUGUCUGCCCCCGAGGAGCAACAACGCGAGGAGCUGAACGCGUUCCUCGGCCCCUCAAAGUACCGCGAUGAGCUCCGGCAGACCGCACGGCUGCUCAUAGCGCCCGGCAAGGGAUUGCUCGCCUGCGACGAGCCGCCGCACGUGCUGCCCGGGCGCAUGAAGAUGUGCUGGUCGGACCCGAAGGAGUGCACGGAGGCCUGGCGCAUCAAGUACCGCGAAUUGAUGUUCACGACCGAGGGCCUCGGCGCCUACGUCUCGGGUAUCAUCCUCCACGAAGAGACGUGCUCUCAAACGAUGGCGAGGAAGGGAUGUCCCGACAAGGUCCCGCAGCUGCUCGAGUCCAUGGGCAUCAUACCGGGCGUCAAGCUCGACCAGGGCUUCUCCGACAUGCCGGGCUCGACCUGCGGCGACUGGCGGACCGCGGGCCUCGACGGCCUGCGCGAGCGCUGCGCCGCGUACCGCGCGCUGGGGCUCCGCUUCGCCAAGUGGCGCGCGCCGCUGAAGAUCGACGGCUCCGAGGCCGCGGUCAACGCCGAGGCCGACGCGCUCGCGUGCUACGCGCGCGUCUGCCAGGACGAGGGGCUCGUGCCCAUCGUCGAACCGGACGUCGUCAUCGAAGGAGACCACGGCGUCGCGGCGGCCGCCUGCGCCACGAAGCGGGCCCUGGUGCGCACGUUCGCCGCCAUGGACGCGCGGGGCGUCGACGUGCGCGGCUCGCUGCUGAAGACGAACAUGGUGCGCUGCGGCCCCGGCCACGCGUGCGCCGAGCGCUGCGACCUCGUGGCCUCGGCGACCGUCCAAGUCUUCGCCGACGCGCUGCCGUCGUCGCUGCCCGGCGUCGUCUUCCUCAGCGGCGGCAUGUCCGAGGCCUUCGCGACGAACGCGCUCGCGGCGAUCAACCGCGAUCCGAACCGGAAAUUGUGUCCCUACCCUCUCACGUUCUCCUAUGGCCGCGCGCUCCAGCACUGCUUCCGCGUCGCCUGGGAGGGCAAAAGCGCCAACGAGGCCGCCGCCCAGGCCGCGCUCCUCGCCUGCGCGCGGCGCAACUCGGAAGCGUCCCUCGGCAAGACGCCGGAGGGCCGGGCCGCGUCGACGGACUCCCUCCACGUCGCCGGCGGCAACCGCUACUAG